AUGUUCCAGCUAAUUCUAGUUUUUAUCCUUCCGCACUAUUCAGUUCCAGAUAAAAAUGGUGAUAAAUUUCGAGUUGUAUUUGAUGGUUCUGCAAAAUCUUCUAGCGGUAUUUCUCUUAAUGAGAAAUUAAUGGUUGGUCCACAGUUACAGACUGAUCUGACAACAUUAAUUAUUCGUUUUAGAAUUCACAGAAUAGCUAUAACUGCAGACAUAAAGAAAAUAUACAGACAAAUUAUACAAGAUGCAGACUUUCAAGGAAUAGUCUGGCACGAUUCAUCUUAUAAACCAACUCAGGAUUUUCGAUUAACUAGGAUUGCUUACAGUACUGCAUUAGCACCGUACCUUGCAGUAAAAUGUUUACAGCAGUUAGCAAUAAAUGAACCAACUAAUUUUCCUUUGGCUUCCAAGACAUGUCUUAGGGACGUCUACGUUAUGAUUUGA